ACAAAAGACCCAAACAUACAGAGCUUUCUUUCUCUGACUCAAUGAAACACCAACGAAACCGCUAGUUUCUUUUCUCUUUCAAAACCCAACAAAUCAAACUUUCAAAGUUUUCAUUCAAACAUGUCAGUGACGAUCGGAGCAAUAGCCGCGGCGAGAAGGCCGAAAUGGCAGUACCCACCGCCGCCUCCUACGCCGAGAAUCCUGCACCUGCCAAGGAGGCCUCGCCGGAAAGUCAACAGCAGCAAGAACUUCCCGGGAAAAUCCCCCUCGAACUUUCCCGGAAAAUCCAGGAAGGACCGGAAGGGGAAGCUGGAGACGCUGUUCGAUCAAGAGAGAGUGUUCACAAAAGUGAGCGUUCCGAUAGUGUUGUUGGGAAACGAGUGCGGGGGUGAUGAGGGGAGGAGGAGAGAGAGAGUUGAGGAGAGAGAAAGUGAGGUCAUGAUUGGUGGAGAUGGUGGUGUUGGUGGUGGUUGUGAUCAUAAAAUGGCGGCGUUGGAAGAGGGGAAGUGGAGAUUCCAAGCGGAGAUGUUGAGGGCGGAGUGUAAUUUGCUGAGGAUGGAGAAGGAGAUUGCGGUUAAGAAGCUUGAGAGGACCAGAGUUAAGUUGGAGAGGACUCUUAAAUCUGCUGUUCACUCUCUUGUUUACGAGAGACAGAAAAUUUGCGAAGAUGAAAAUGUGAAGGUGGAAUUGGAAGAAGAGAUUCAACAAUUGGCAGAGAAGCUAGAGAAGCUGAGAAGGAACUUGGAAGUCAAGAAUUCGAGGGCUCGAAAAUGUCACAACUUUGAUAAACAAGCUGCUCUUCUUCAAAGAGAGCUAAAGAUGUUUAGAAGAACAUCGGAUGAGAUUUGCGUUAAAAAGAUCCAAGAGAUGGCAGAAGUCAGCUUUUCCAUCAGAACAAAAUCUAGACUUAAUGAGAGCUUUUUUUCAAGUGACGACUCCAAUGUGGAGAUUCUGAGAAGAAAAAUGGAAGGGUUGUCAAAUGGGACAUUAUUAGAGAGAAUGAAGGAGGAGUGUGGGUCCAUGCUCUCCACAGCCAAUUGUUCAGUUGCCAGUUCUGCCUCCACUUCUAAGAGAAUUGAAUUUACCGAGUCAUCGCCAAUAGAACAACCCCAAAAGGAGAAUGAAGAGAUUGUGUGCUCAGGGCGUUGUAAGGCUAUAGUGAGAAGAAUUCUAGAGCAAGUCCGAGCUGAGACAGAGCAGUGGUCUCAGAUGCAAGAGAUGUUGGGUCAAGUAAGGGAAGAAAUGCAAGAAUUGCAGGCUUCUCGAGACUUUUGGGAAGAUCGAGCCGUCGAUUACGAUUACCAAAUGCAAUCACUACAUUCUUCUCUUCAAGAAUGGAGGGAAAAGGCAAUCUCAUCUGAAAACAAAGCGAAUCAACUAGAAGCACAAAUGUACUUCCUCCGAAAUGAGCUCGAAUGGUUGAAGAAGGAACAAAAAACCGACGAAACGAGGACCAAAUCUUCAGCGCUAGCUUCCAUGGAUGGACAACAUGAAAUGGAGAAGAGGGUGUUGGUUUGUCGCUUGAAAGAGAACCAUCAAGAUCGUCAUCAUCAUGCCAAUCGUAAUCAAAGUAGCAGUAGCAAGCAAAAGGAGGCUUCAAAUGAUGUGAGAAGAAAAGCACAAACACACGGCAAUAGACUUGUUGCUUCUUUAGAAAGGUCACCUUUACAAGAUAUUAGCAACUCGUGUGUUUCUCUCAAGCAACAUAGUAGAGCGGUCUUCACUUUGGUGCCGUCCAGGACAAGCAAAAACUUUUAGGCAAUGGUUUAUGACUUUAAGUACUUUUAAUUUAGCUUGGGGCUAUUCAUCAUAUUUUUGGUUAUGUUUAAUGUCAAUGACUUAGUGGAAGAUCCGGGUUCUCAUCUCAAGUGAGGGUGAUGAAUUGCCACAGCGAUUUUGCAGUUUUUUUUUUUUUUUUGGUUGUAGAUUCUGCUUAAAUGUUGGCAGAGCUAGGCUAACCAACAUGCUAAUUUUAUGUAAUAAA